CUCCAUCGUCCCGGUUAAAAUUGUUUUGGUGUCAAAAUGGCUGUUUUUAAUGAUUCCAAACAGUGCUGGAAUCUUCUGGGUAAUCAGAGAUGAUUUCUUGACUCUUAAGAACCGCCCAAAGACGUACCUGGAUAUGAGGCAGCUCUACACUUAGUAGAUGUGACUGAAACUAGCAGAAAGCCAUAUUCAAAAUGGCUGAUGAGAAAAAAUUUAGCGAUGAGAAGCAUUAUGCCAUCCUGACAAGGGAGAGUAUUAGAGUAUAUGGUGAGUGUGCAGGACAUGCGGAGAUCCCAGAUGAUGUGGCUGGGAUGCUGGGGCAGGAUGUCAGCUAUAGGCUACGAGCAAUUGCUCAGGUUGGUGCUCAGUUCAUGCGUCACUCCAGACGCCGACGAAUGACCACAGAAGAUAUAAAUAAAGCACUCAGAAACAUGGAUGUCCAGCCUGUGUUUGGACAUGGUUCGCUGGAUCCCCAGUCAUUUCAGCAGACCCGUGAAGGAGAAAUCCAUUUUGUGGAAGAUCUGGAGGUGAACUUCUCCAACAUGGCCACAAAUAGUUAUGUGCCAAAAAAUAUGGGAAACACCUCUAUUAAGUCUCAUUGGCUGGCAGUUGAAGGUGUGCAGAAGCCAUCAGCCUCUCAACAGCAGGUUCAACAAACUCAGAAUCCUUCCCAGCCAGGAAAGCCAAAUGUCAAGCCUGGCCCCAAAGCUGUCUCCCCAGAACUGCUGCUGUAUUAUGAUAACAUUACCAAAGCUAUUCUAGGUUGUGAUGAAGAACAUACAAAGGUUGCACUGGAUGACUUACGAACAAAUAACAAGCUUGUACCUUUGUUGCCUUACUUUGUUAAUUUUGUGUCUAAUGGGGUGAAGACAAUAAGUUAUGAUAUAACACAGCUGACAAAACUCUUACAUACGGUGAAGGCCCUGAUCAGAAACCCCCACCUGUAUUUAGAACCCCAACCCUAUCUAACCCUACUAGUACAGGCUGUGUUAUACUGUAUGCUGGAACCUCUGGCUGCCUCAAUCAACCCCCUCAAUGACCACUGGUUUAUCCGUGACUACGCCGCCCGCCUCCUCGCUCAAAUCAUCCAGCGCUGGAAGACUCCUGUUAACCAGUUAUUUCAGAGCUCCCUACAGGCGCUGAAGGAUGCUCUCCAUGACCUGGCCAAACCAUCGUGUUCUCAUUAUGGGGCUGUCAUGGGGCUUCUCUCUCUGGGACCUCAGGUUGUGGAGGACACUAUCAUACCUCAUCUACCCAAUUACUGGCCUCAUCUGGAGACUAUUAUGGAAGAUAGCUCAGUGGCUAAUGCUCUGGCCAAAGCAGAUGCUCAUAAAGUGUACGGAGCAAUACUGUUGGCUGUGGAGUUUUUAAUCAAGCAAAAGCUGAAGGACUUUCAAUGUGAAUGUUCAAAAAUAUCUUCAUGCCCUAAUGCAGUGAUAGAUGUGGCAGAGGAGAAAGACAAAGUCUCAGUCAAAGAAGAAACGCGUUUGCCACAAGCGAAGCAGAUGCCGUGCCGUGGGCAGAAGAUGUGCGAUUUCUACAAGGACAUGUAUGGGUAUUUUGGGGACAGUUUGGCCAUGAGACUGCCCAAGCUCAAUUUACAGCAUGUUUUCAAACCCACAAAGAAAGAGGCUUUGGUCAGUUUGCGAGACAAAGAAAUUGACGGUAAGACUGGCGAGGAUCUGCUAGAGAAUUUCAUGCAGCAAGUGAGAAUACAACAAAUAAAGGAAGCAGAGGAACGCAAGAAGCGUGAGGAACGAGAGAGGCUCCUUGCCAUAGAACGGCAUAAACAGCUGAUCCGGGCCAUGGAAGAAGAGAGGCGACGCAAAGAUGAAAAGCUUCGGCGCAUCAAAGAAGCUGAGAGGAAGCGCCAUCUGGAGGAACUGAGGAGAAAUGAAUUGCAGCAUCAAGAGGAGAUAACUCGGCAGUAUGGCCAGCAGCCCACACUGAUGAGGCAGGCAGCACAUUAUCCCAGCUUUGAGUAUGAUGGCCCCAGUGAUGCAGAGGAGGAGCAAGAUGUGGACGUGGAGGAAACGUCGUCAAGGUCUCCAGAGUCAGAGAAGUCGGAGGAUAAAUCAGAGGAAGAACAACCUUACUUCCCCAGUGACCCUAGUCAUAUGAACUUGACGGUGAAAAGUACAGUUAGUGACCCCACCAAGGGCAUAAAGUUGACUAUAUCCAAAAGGCCCAAGAUGGCCACACACGUUCGGGAGGAGCGGGCAGAGAGACUGGAUCGCUCAGACAAACACAAAGAUAAAGAAUAUAGGCAAAGCAAGAAAAGGAAGCAAAGUCAGCGUAGCCCGAGAGAAAGCUCUCGCAGUCCCUGGGAUCCCGACCGCAAUGAUGGCGGUGAGGUGAAAAGGAAAGCAGAUUUAAUUUAUCAGUUUGACGUAGGGGACCAUGUUGGCAAACCAAAAAGUACUGUCGCAAAAAGGCUGUCUCAGAGAGGGGCUGAAGAGCCUGACAAUUAUGAACUGGUGGACGGUGACCAUAUGCACUGUCCGGGAGAAAAAUUAACUAUAAAAUUGGCAAAAUCUAAACCAAAAGGUGCGUCGGCUUCUCAGAGGAGUCCAAACUACAGCUGAUGCUCGCCACAGUAUUUAUACACUGACCAAUGUGUGUACAUAUAACAUCAGCAAUCAGGGCUCCAUGCAGGGAGCUGGCAUCCACGUAAAUCAUGUUGAGCUGACAUCCAUUUGUUUUGUUUUUUUUUUCUUUGUAGUAGAAACAAAUAUAAAUCAGAUUUAUCAUGAUAGAA